GAUGAAGACUUUGAUCAAUCUUACGAAGGCCUCAUGUCACUUGCUGCAACUCUUGGGGAAGUGAAACCUCGCGCCACUCCUGACCACGUUGUCGCAGGGCUCAAAACUGGUUUUUAUAAAGACUGGGCUUCUGAUGAAUGUGAUAAACGUUGUCCCAUCUGUCUAGAUGAUUACAAAGCGUUGGAUCCAGUUCUUAAACUCAAUGAUUGCUCGCACUGGUUACACAAAUCUUGCCUUGAGCAAUGGCUUAAGGGAGCUAGUACUUGUCCUGUUUGUCGUAAAUCUGUGCAAACGUCAGCCCCACAUCGCCAUCCGCGACUACGCUCACAUACGCAAGCUUCUGCUGUCAACGCCCUCGUCGUGCCCUCUGGGCUUAACAGGACAGACCAAGCCAUCGCUGAUUCAGAAGGAAAUGCGUCUGCUGUUUCAAACCGCGUUGGAAACGCCAAUACCGUCUCAUACACAAGCGACUUAGGCAGUGAAUUUUCCACUACCGAGAAUAGUAACAACCCAGAUACGUUUCGGCAUAUUGGGCAACGUCCUCGGCGAUUUUACUGGGAAUACUCGCCACCAUCUCCUUAA